AUCGCUCAUCGCAUCGCGCCCGCCGCACGCUCAAGCAACCCUUCAAGACAAAAUGGUCUCUACAAAAAACACCAAGACUGGCGGCAAGACCCGCUCAGCCCUCCAGGACGUUGUCACCCGCGAGUACACAAUCCACAUGCACAAGCACGUCCACGGACAGUCCUUCAAGAAGCGCGCCCCGACCGCCGUUAAGGCCAUCGUCUCCUUCGCCCAGAAGGCCAUGGGCACCACUGAUGUCCGCAUUGACCCCAAGCUCAACCAGGCGCUCUGGGCACAGGGCAUCAAGAGCGUGCCCCACCGGGUGCGCAUCAAGCUCGAGCGGAAACGCAAUGACGAGGAGAACGCCAAGGAGAAGCUUUUCACUUACGCGUCGCAUGUCUUCGUUCCCCGGGGCGGCUUCAAGGGCCUGCAAACAACCGUCGUGGACGCCGAGUAA